AUGGCGAUUUGCUCAUUUUUUCUCAAAGGGAAUUGUCGGUUCGGUAACACCUGCAGAAACGAACACCCUCAACUUGUCAACCCCAGUCGACAAGGAGGCUUUGGAAAUCAAGGAUGGACAAAUACUCGGAACUCAAGCUCAAACACAGGCGCAAAGCCCUCAUUACCCUUCAGCACUGACUCACUGAAGAACGACCUCACGCCGCAAGUUGACAAGCCCAUCUGGCCACUUUCCUCCUUUGCUCCAUCGAAACAUGAGCCAGUGCUGCUGGGGGGUUUGGACGAGUCGCCAGAGGAACUGCGUGUGAAGGCCGUUCAGGCGAUCGCGGCGGGGAAUAUCAACGAAUACUUAGCAUACGAAGCCAAUAAGAUAUCUGCUGCAGAGCAGGUUUACGCGAAUGCACGUUCUAAUCUUACCCAAGCGUAUGACCAAGCAGUCAAGCAGAGCAACUUGCCCGCCCUACUUGCGAGCCAAAACGGGGCUUCCACCUUGACGGUGACUACAUCAGCAUUUGGCAGCGGCACGCCGUCCGCUGUUGGUAGCACAUCCACGCCACAGUCAGCGUUUGGGAGCACGACAACGCCAUCUGCUUUUGGGAGUGCGACAACGACGUCCGCCUUCGGUAAUACAACAACGCCAUCUGCUUUUGGUAACACAUCUACGCCAUCUGCGUUUGGCAGCACAUCUACGCCAUCCGCGUUCGGUAGCACAACAACGCCAUCUGCGUUUGGCAGCACCACAACACCGUCAGCCUUCGGGAACACAACUACUCCCUCUGCCUUUGCCAGCACCCCUUCAGCUUUCGCCUCUUCAUCAUCAGCCUUCUCUUCAACCACAACGCAACCCUCAGCUUUCGGUUCUACUAUCACCCCUUCAGCAUUCAGUAACAACACAACUACGCCGUCGGCUUUCGGCAGCUCCAACACCACAACCCCAUCCGCAUUUGGUAAAUCAGCCUUUGGCCAACCAGCUUUUGGUCAAACCCCCACGCCCGCUGCAAGCACUAAUACCACGUCAGCGUUUGGUCAACCUCCGGCGUUCGGCAGCCCUUCAGCAUUUGGUCAGCCUGCUGCGUCCUCUGUCAUCAAACCGGCUACAGGGGCCUUCAGUGCUUUCGCUGGAACGACGCCAACAGCAUUUGGUGCUGGUGCUUCUAAUACUUCGAACGCUACCAAUUCUGCUGGAACAGGGGGAGGCUUCUCAGCGUUUGCAAACGCCGGCCAACAACCAUCUCCUUUCGGUGCUGGCGCCGCUAAUGGUGGUGGGGGUUCAGGUGCAUUUGGCCAAUCUGGAUUUGGAACAACACCAGCGCAGGGAACGUCAGCGUUUGGCGCUCCUGCCCCAGUAACAUCCGCAUUCGGGGGCACGAACACCUGCACCACCAAUGCUUUUGGUCAAUCAGCCUUCGGACAAACCUCACAGCCCUCUGCGUUCAGCGCAUUUGGUCAAACCACAGGGGGCGGUAUGAACAAAGCCAUAUCGGCUUUCGGUCAAUCCCAACAGACUGUAUCCGCAUUUCCUUCCUCCCAAUCACAGUCGCAAUCCAACCCAUUCCAGCAAACCCAACCCGACCUUCCCGUCUCACUCACGCCCUCCAUUACCAAACCUGCGCCAGCCGCUAAAGGUCCCCCGGACUUCCUCAAUGCACCUUCAACUUUCCGCCCAGGCCUGACGCCGUAUGACUCUCAAUUACCGUCAAACUAUACCACAAUUCUUCCUGGACUUGCCAUGGAAGCGUUCAAAGCUACCAAAUUUGAGUGGGGGAAGGUGCCGGAGUGGAUUCCGCCUGUUGAGUUGAGAGGUCCAGAGGGCGCGACAUUCUCAUAG